AAUCUUGUCGCGGAAGUCUUGGAUGGCCUCGUUUGGGAUGAGGUAGCAACUGAAAAAAGUUACAUCCCAACAUCUAAUCCUCGGCCACGUCCGUGACUCCGCACCAUGACUUCCUGUGAGUUCCGGGUCCAGAAGGCAGCAGUGCUGAGACUGUCUGGGAUCCAAAUGCUUGGGUCCCUGUCCCAAUUCUGUUCGCUGACCAGGAGCGCGUCGGCACAGAGUUCUUGGGCGAGCUUAUUUAGAAUAUUAUCAGCCCCCCAGGAUCUCUGAAGAUUGGCCUAGAGGAUACGGAUUAU